AUGGCUCUGAGAACGUGUGGAAACCUGCUCGUCGCUCGUCUGGUUGGAACCUCCAGCAGGAUGGCUUCCAGUGAGUGUUUUGUAAUAUUUCUAUUGAAAAAUUUCUUCUUCUUCAGCCAUGACCGUCCGUGACGCCCUCAAUCAGGCUAUGGACGAGGAAAUCAAGAGGGACGAUCGUGUUUUCCUGCUCGGAGAAGAAGUUGCUCAGUACGAUGGAGCGUACAAAGUUUCGAAGGGAUUGUGGAAGAAGCACGGAGACAAGCGAGUCAUUGAUACUCCAAUUACUGAAAUGGGAUUUACGGGUAUUUUCUUUCGAAUCCAAAGAAAAAAAGACGACGCUUAUUUUUCAGGAAUCGCUGUUGGUGCCGCUUUUGCUGGUCUCCGUCCGAUCUGCGAGUUCAUGACGUUCAACUUCUCGAUGCAGGCCAUUGAUCAGAUGAUCAACUCUGCUGCCAAAACCUAUUACAUGUCAGCCGGACGGGUCAGUCCCUUUACACUGUUCAAAACUAUCUCCAAAAAAUCACGUGUCCCUCACGUGAAACAUCUCACGCCAUACCAAUUUUGCAGCAAGCGAUAUGAUAAAAAGCAAACAUUCUCGGAAUAAUUUGAUUUCUGAUUUUUCCAUGCCUUGUUAAUAAAGAGAAGAGAUCAUUUUCAGGUGCCUGUGCCAAUUGUGUUCCGUGGACCGAAUGGAGCUGCUGCCGGAGUGGCUGCCCAGCACUCUCAGGACUACUCCGCCUGGUUUGCUCAUUGCCCCGGACUGAAGGUGGUCUCGCCGUACAGUGCUGAAGACGCCAAGGGACUCUUGAAGGCUUCUAUCAGAGAUGACAACCCAGGUGAGAACUGAAAAAUGGAAAAAGUGACGGAAUGUAAGCGAGUAAUUCGCAAUAUCACACUAGAAACUAUUCUCUCGCACCAGUCUCCACAACAUUACUGAGAAAAAGAGCAUAUUCUGCAAAGCCGAUUUUCGGAACUCCACGCAACUCUGCAUACGUAACCAACUUUCCGCUCACAUGUUUCCUCUCCUCCCUCCCCCGCAGUUCUAAAGAACAUUCUCCGUUUUCAGUCGUCUUCCUCGAGAAUGAGAUCCUCUACGGACAGUCGUUCCCAGUCUCCGAUGAAGUUCUCUCUGACGACUUUGUUGUCCCAAUCGGAAAAGCCAAGAUCGAGAGAGCCGGAGACCACGUGACAAUCGUCUCUUACUCGCGAGGAGUAGAAUUCGCCCUGGAAGCCGCCAAGCAACUCGAGGCUCUUGGAGUCAGCGCCGAAGUAAUCAACCUCCGUUCGCUGCGCCCGUUCGACUUCGAGUCGAUCCGUCAGUCCGUCUUCAAGACGCAUCACCUCGUUUCCGUCGAAACAGGAUGGCCUUUCGCCGGAAUCGGAUCCGAAAUCGCCGCCCAAGUCAUGGAGAGUGACGUGUUUGACCAGCUCGAUGCUCCACUUCUCAGGUUUGUUCUUCCCGAGAACUUAAGAAAAUGGCCCGAGGUUGUUGUCUCUUGGAAUGUUUGCGCAGACCUUUCAUUUCCCGACAUUACAAUGUUCAGAUAUUUUUGAAAUCAAACAAAAUUUCAACUAAAACAUUAUCAUGAGGAUCGAGCAGAAAUGGAAAUGAAACUUAAAAUAACAAGAGGAACAGCUGAAAAGAAAUCUAAUUGCAGAGUGACCGGAGUGGACGUGCCGAUGCCGUACGCACACACACUGGAACAGGCGGCCCUUCCAACAACGGAGCACGUCGUCAAAGCGGUCAAGAAGAGCCUCAACAUUGCAUAA